AUGGCGGACUUCGAAGAGAUGGUGCCCUCUCCUCUCUCUGUGGAGGAAGAGGAUGAGCUGUGGACUGAACUCGACAAGUGCGUCUCGGAACACUGCGAAAGCCACGAAUCCAUUGACGAUGCCCUCCGUUCCUGGUUGAGCCUGACGACUCAGCUUCGCGACCAGCAGCCGCAGUCGCAGGAUGAGGUCAUCAUGUGCGCGCAGAUCCUGCUCAACGGCGACAUAUUCCGACAGCACAAAGAAUACGUCCGUAAGCAGCUUAUCUACAGUCUGCUACAGGAGGACGAGGCCGGGCCUCUACACGCGAUAGUCUCUCUGCUCUUGCUAGACGGCCACAAGGACGAGGCGACGUUUCCGCGCAUGAUCCAGGAGGCCUGCUUCCCCCGCCUUCUCGAGCUGAUCAGGCAAGAAAAAGAUGGCGACCCACGACUCCAUCGCUUUCUGCUGCAGCUGAUGUAUGAGAUGUCGCGUGUGGAGCGGCUGGCACCAGAAGACUUGGCGCUGGUCGACGAUGAUUUUAUUCACUUUCUGUUUGGCCUCAUCGAGGGCGUGUCUAGCGAUGUGAAUGACCCAUAUCAUUACCCAACCAUUAGAGUAUUGCUUGUCCUGAAUGAACAAUACAUGCUUGCAUCCACAGACACCGUCACCAUCCCCGGAUCGGGCCCCGAACCGCUGACAAACCGUAUUGUCAAAUGCCUGAGCCUCCACGGGCCAUUGUUUCGAACAUUUGGAGAGAAUAUCAUUCUGCUUCUAAAUCGAGAGACUGAAACGUCCCUGCAGCUGUUGAUUCUCAAGCUUCUAUAUCUUCUAUUCACCACCAAAGCGACAUAUGAAUACUUUUAUACCAACGAUUUACGAGUGCUACUAGACGUCAUUAUUCGAAAUUUGAUGGAUCUUCCCGACGAGAGGAUGUCUCUUCGGCAUACGUACUUGCGAAUUCUAUACCCCUUACUAGCGCAUACCCAGAUGAAUCAGCCACCACACUACAAGAAGGAGGAAAUUCUGCGCUUACUCAAAAUCUUGAGAGGCUCACAGAAUGCCCACUUUGCACCCGCUGACCCGACGACUCUGCGGUUGGUGGACCGAGUAUCCAAAGUCAAAUGGCUAGUGGAGGAAGAGGACGUAGAUUCCGAAGCGUCAGGCCAGGCAGAGGUCGCUCGAAAACUCUUGGGCAUGAGCCUAUCGCCAAGGCAUUCAUCUAGCAGUGUUAGUGUCACUGAUGUGGCCGAAGUCACGGAGAAGCCAGGCGUGCAGACGCCGAGUCGAAAUGACUCUAAGCCAGACACCGAUCCAGUCGAACACGAUGGUGCAAGCAGAACCAAGAAGCCUGUACCAGCAGUGCCCAAGCACAGACAUGGCAUUCCCUUUCAUCAUACAGCUUCAGCCAUUAAGCAUUCUGCUACCGUACAUAUCAGCAGCGUUACGUCGAAAAAGGUACCGCCAAAGGCACCACCCCCUAGACGACAUGGCAAAGUGAGGAUGGCAGAAACGUCAUCGGAUGAGCAUCUGGCAGGGACCGUAAACUAA